GAGGGAGGAGAAGGGGGUCGGCGCGAAAAAAAAUAUUUCCGUCGAGUUCAGGGGAUGGAUUGAAGAAAAAGAAUAAACAGAGGAGGGAAAGAGAGAGAGGGAGAGAGAGAAAUAAAGCAAGGGGGAUAAAAGUGUGUGGGAGUGACAGGGAUGAGGAGUGACUGUGCGGCCGGGCAGUGAGUGAGGGGCAUCGCCGUGCUCCGACCGCUCUCCCCGCCACGGGCCGCCCUGUCGAGCGAGGGCGGAGUUUGCAUUUUAUAUAUAUAUAUAAAUAUAUAUAUAUAAAUAUAUUUUUUUCUCUUUCCCUUAAACUCUGACACGUCUGCAGUGAGUGAGUGGCAUUGGCAGUCUGUCAAUCCCUCACCAAAGCGGCCAUCAAAAACAUAAAGAGUUGGCUCGUAAAUUGAUCCGGCGAAUCAUUUUUAUGAUCUUUUAUUAUUAUUAUUUCCCCUCUGUCUUUUGAAGAGGCAGCUUACUUUUGAUCUUGUUUCUGUAGAGGGUUAUUUUUGAGGCAUAUCUUGGAUUUUUAAAAAAAAUAUUUUUUCUGUGUUUUUCGUGACAAGUUUUUUUUGGGGGAGAAAAAUAAGGAAUUGAAAGCCAAAGCAAGUGCGGUUUCCCCCCUCCCCAGCCCUGCCUCUCCCUCGGCUCCAGCGCUACCUGUGCUUGAUUUAUAUAUAAUAUAUAUUGUUUUAUAUAUAUAAAUUUCUCCCGUGUGCUGCUGCGGCAGAGUAUGGACGAUCAAUCCAGGAUGAUGCAGACUCAUCCCGGUGUGAGCUUGGCUGGACACUCGGUUCAGGGGGGCAUGGGGCUGCCUCCACAUGUGCAAGGACAUGAAGGUGCAGACGGCGACGGAAGAAAGCAAGACAUCGGGGACAUCCUCCACCAGAUCAUGACUAUCACCGACCAGAGUCUGGACGAAGCACAAGCAAAGAAACAUGCGUUAAAUUGCCACAGAAUGAAGCCGGCCCUGUUCAGCGUCCUGUGCGAAAUAAAGGAGAAAACAGGUCUUAGUAUCAGAGGCGCACAGGAGGAAGAACCACCAGAUCCCCAACUAAUGAGACUUGACAACAUGUUGCUGGCAGAAGGGGUUUCUGGACCAGAGAAAGGUGGAGGAGCAGCAGCAGCAGCAGCGGCAGCAGCAGCGUCGGGAGGAUCAGGAUCAGAUAACACUGCAGAACACUCAGAUUACAGAGCCAAAUUAUCCCAGAUCAGACAGAUCUACCAUACAGAGCUUGAAAAAUAUGAACAGGCAUGUAACGAAUUCACUACACAUGUGAUGAAUCUUCUACGAGAACAGAGCAGGACACGCCCCAUUUCACCAAAGGAGAUCGAAAGGAUGGUCAACAUCAUCCAUCGAAAGUUCAGUUCAAUCCAAAUGCAGUUAAAGCAGAGCACAUGUGAAGCAGUUAUGAUCUUACGGUCAAGAUUUCUUGAUGCCAGACGGAAGCGACGUAAUUUCAGCAAACAAGCAACAGAAGUCUUGAAUGAGUAUUUUUACUCCCAUCUCAGCAAUCCAUAUCCCAGUGAAGAAGCCAAAGAAGAGCUGGCAAAGAAAUGCAGCAUCACAGUAUCACAAGUAUCAAACUGGUUUGGCAAUAAACGAAUCAGGUACAAGAAGAAUAUUGGGAAGUUCCAAGAAGAAGCUAACCUAUAUGCUGCAAAAACUGCUGUAAAUGCUGCACAUGCUGUUGCAGCUGCAGUGCAAAACAGCCAAGCAAACUCCCCCACCACACCCACGUCCGGUUCCUCUGGUUCUUUUAACCUACCAAAUUCUGGGGACAUGUUCAUGAACAUGCAGAAUCUGAAUGGGGAUUCUUACCAAGGGUCCCAAGUCGGAGCCAAUGUGCAAUCACAGGUGGAUUCCCUGCGUCAUGUUAUCAAUCAGACGGGCGGAUACAGUGAUGGUCUUGGAGGGAAUUCACUGUACAGUCCACACAGUUUGAGCGUAAGGAACACUUUUAUUUCUGUGUCCAUAGAAGAAAAAGAAAAACUAAAGCCUUGCCAGUGCUAAUGGAGGAUGGCAAGAUGCAACCACUCCAUCUUCUGUGACUUCACCAACAGAAGGACCUGGAAGUGUGCACUCUGAUACCUCUAACUGAUCUCCUAGGAACAUCCAUUCCCUGAGCCAAUAGGCCUUGAUUAGCACUGACCAGCAGGAGAAGAAAAGUGGAUUUCCUGAAACCCAGUCACCUGCUGCUUUACUGUAAAACCCUGCUCUUUAGUGGAAAAAGAAACUUACAUUUCAUAUUUAGAAAGAGGAACAGAUUGGUUUCCUUUGGAAGUCCACAUUAAUUCUAUUAAGUAUAGCACAGUCUUGCCUUAGUCAGUCAGUGGUUGAGACAAAGAACUAAGUAGAUCCAGUGUUUUCAGACUUUUAAAACGGAACAAAAAAAGUUAAUUUGUAAUGGAAAUCCACGAAGGGUGAAAGCAUGGAUUGAAGAUUUAUAUGUGUAAGAUGUUAUUGUGGAGCAUCUUGACCCUUUGAGGUAUGAAUGCAUGUUUCAAUUUGACUGUAAGACACGAGAUUGCUGGUGCUGAGGCAGACAGUUAUAAAUUAACGAAGUUCGCCACGCUAAACCCUUGCUGCUUAAAAGUAUUUUAGCAAGAUAUCAAGAAUUGAUAGCUUGCUUAGAACAAUGAAGUGUUACAUGAUAUCAGAAUCUUGAUCAAAUUUCUUUUAUUACAACUGUACAACUAGAAUGAAAGACUCAUUUGGAAGAAUCAGUUGAACAGUUUUAUUACCCAUGUAUAAAUAACCAGAUGGUUGCCAAGAGCUGAUAUUGUUUUUCCUCAGACUUGUUAUAAUGGAGUGCUAUUUACAGUUGUUCCUUUUUUUAACACACUAACUCAAUGCCAGCCUUCGGAAUGCUUUGCUUCUGAAUUAGUGCAGGCUGAAGCCUGGGUUUUACAGUACGCACUGGGUGCAGCUUUUGUACUGUUUCAGAUUUGCUACUUCAACCUAUCUAUGGCAGGAAAUGGCAAGGUUCACAUGGAGUGUUGUAAAUAUGUAGGUAAAGAGUAUUUAUACAUCUCACCAAUCAAGACACAGCUUUAUUACCUCAUGCAAACUCAUAUGAACCAAUAGAAUUUCAACAUGUUCUGUAGCUUAGAGUGCUCACUUACUACCUCUGAACAAUAUUCACACCGUAGUUCGUCUUUCUUACUUUUUUUUUGCAUCUUGUAAUUAACUAUUUCUUUUCAUGUAAUCUAAUGUACAUUGUAUCUUUUAAGAAAUCAGGGUUGCUCUAGCAACUUCUUUUAAAAGGAUAAUCCUAAAGUGAAAGGUUUGGUUAUCAUCUUAAACACAAACAGUACAACUGUUGUAAAUACUGAAGAUCAUUUUGAAUGUUGGUCAUGUCAUUACUAAACCACGCAAAAAAAAGUUGUAAUGCAUACGAAAUUCAGUAUUCAGUACUGUAUAUUUCACCCUGUGUAACGGGGAGCCCCUCCUUUCUCCCUUUUUUGUAUUGUAUGCAAUUCUGAAACUGAUUUGAGUCAUGGAAAUAAUUUGUGACAGUGAUAUAAUGUAUUAAAACGUUUCGUGUUACUUUCUGACUGGACUACACCCUGGAUUGAGAAGUCUUCCUUGUGGUAGUUAAAUGUAGUUGAAAAUCUUAAAUAAAACUUUUUGCUUUCAU